GGAUUUGAUGUGUAAGUCGCACCUUUAAUAAAAUGUGCUUCUAGAAUCCUGUAUUUCGUGCAGAGUGAGACCUCCUGUCUCUCUCCGCUAUCCUCGCUGCUGCAGUCCUUCACUUCCGGGACACCUCACAGCCCGUUCUCCCGAUGUCCCGGCGGCUCCGUCGGUCGUUCCUUCCCAGCUCUGGUCACGGCUGAACAGCAAACCCGCCACCGGAUCUCACUCGGGCCAGAACAGCACCAACGUACCGGAAGCCGAACCUGCGGUGGGUCAGAACCGCGAGCGGGGAGCGACCGGAGGCUAGCAGAAAGUUAGCCGAGCAGGUGCUGAGGUAAACGGGCAAGGUCCGUCCGGCGGGAGGGAGGGAGCGCACCAUGACCGCGGGAAAGAACGACGCGGGAGCGGAGGACAGAGCCACGAACCGGAACCAGAGCGAAGUCAACCGGAAGCUGAAGUACAUCAGCCUGGCGGUGCUGGUGGUCCAGAAUGCGUCGCUCAUCCUCAGCAUCCGCUACGUUCGCACUCUGCCGGGCGACCGCUUCUUCACCACGUCGGCCGUGGUCAUGGCAGAGGUGCUGAAGGUGUGCACGUGUCUGCUCAUCAUCCUGCUGCAGAAGAGAUUCAGCCUGAAGGAGACGCUGCACCUGCUGCUGGACGCCAUCGUGUUCCAGUACAGAGACACGCUGAAGCUCGCCAUCCCGUCGCUCAUCUACACGCUGCAAAACAACCUGCAGUACGUCGCCAUCUCCAACCUGCCGGCCGCCACCUUCCAGGUGACGUACCAGCUGAAGAUCCUCACCACGGCUCUCUUCAGCGUCCUGAUGCUCAGGAAGUCUCUGUCUCGGGUUCAGUGGAUCUCUCUGCUGCUGCUGUUUGCCGGCGUCGCAAUCGUUCAGGUGCAGCAGGAAGGAAACAAGGAGGCGUCGCUCGCCAACAGCGCCAACCAGAACUACAUGGUGGGCGUGGUCGCCGUGGUGAUCAGCUGCCUGUCGUCCGGCUUCGCGGGCGUCUACUUCGAGAAGAUCCUGAAGGGGAGCUCCGCCUCCGUUUGGGUUCGGAACGUGCAGCUCGGGAUCUUCGGCACGGCGCUCGGCCUGCUGGGACUCUGGUGGAACGACGGCGCCGCCGUGGCCGAGCGCGGCUUCCUGUUCGGGUACACCGGGAUGGUGUGGUGCGUCAUCUUCAACCAGGCGUUCGGCGGGCUGCUGGUGGCGGUGGUGGUGAAGUACGCAGACAACAUCCUGAAGGGCUUCGCCACCUCCUUCUCCAUCAUCGUCUCCACGGUGAUGUCCAUCUACCUGUUCAGCUUCCACGUGGACCUGCUCUUCACCGCGGGGGCGGGGCUGGUCAUCGGCGCCGUCUACAUGUACAGCCUUCCCAAAGCGCCCGGCAGCUCGCCGUCGUCGAGCUCCUCGUCGUCCUCGGCGUCUUCGGCGUCGCCGAGGACGGACAGAGGCGUGGAGAUGGAGGCGUUUCUGCCAAAGUCAGUGCUGGUGAAGUGAUUUCCUGUUUCUCUGUGGCGCCUCGGUGCUCACUUCCUGUCUCUGCGGGGUCGGCGGUCAAACUAACUUUCUCUGAGCUUCACUGGAGGAACCUCCUUCCUUCUCUCUGCUGUCAGCCUCCUCUUCUCCUCCUAACAGACUCCUCCUCCUCCGCUGACAGAGGAGGUGGAGAUGCUAAAGUCUCCUCCCUCUCUAACACUAACCCCUCCCCUCUCUCCUCCUCAGAGCGUAGGGAGGUGCUGGUUCUCCUCCCUCUGACCGUCGGACACAGGAGGAGGAGGAGGAGUCGCUGACCUCUGUCUGUCCACUCUGCCUUAAUCUUCACUAACUCAAUGAAGGAGAGAGAGAGAUGCCUUAAGCUGAUUCGAUGGUUAAUUCUGGCUGCUGGGGGCGGAGCUUCUGGCUGCUGGGGGCGGAGCUCUCCGCCGUGGUUUUUGCUCUGCAGUGGGGGGGCGCUGCAGAGCAGAAAGCUCUUCUUUCCCCGUGUUGGACGGUUGGUGUUCGGUGCCUUUUCCACUCACCUGUGCAGAAGCGCUUCGGCGGCGGCGCUGCGAGGUCACGUGAUGGAGCGAGGCGUGGUGACCCUGAAUCGGCUCGAUGAGGUCCAGGAGGCCCGCUGAAGGAGCUUCCUCUGACCUCGUCUGCUUCGUGGUGUAUGGGGGGGGGUUGGUUUUGGGAUCCUGGCCUGGGAUGACCUUUCAGCCUGAAGGCUCCUCAAAGCUCGUGUGCGGCGGCGCUCGUUCCUCUACGGAGAACAUUUAAGACUCUGACCACCUGGAAGAAGAUGGCCGCCCACAUGACGUUGAACAGAACAGCGACCUCUGAUGUGAGGCGUUCUGGCUGUGGAGCGCUCCUGCUUUACGACGCUCUUCUUCAGGUUAUUUAUUCCGAAUCCGUCAUAUGAAGACCUUCAGUGUCACAUCUGUUUUCCUUCACAAUAAACUGAUCAUGAACUCGUCGCUGACGAAGGAUUUUCCUUUUCCGCUCGUAUGGCGAGCGUCUGCAGAGGUUGAGGUCGGAUCUGCUCCACAGGUGGGAAGGGUCAGAGCGCCCCCCUGUGGACGGUUGGCUGUAGGAAACAUGAAGCCGUUCUGUCAGUCGAUGUUACUGAAGACUCCUGACCUUCAUCACGUUUAAAUGAUGAAGACUCAGGUGAUGAAGGUCCUGCCGUUUGGAGCAGAAACACUGAAACAGGAGGAGGGUUUUCUUUGGGGGGUUGAUGUGGGACUGGAACUGUUUUUGUUUUGGGGUGAGUGAGGACGAGGAGGAGGAAGAGGAGGAGGAGGCUCAGCAGGAAGCAGCAGCGUCCAUGACUUCAUCACUUCCUCCUCAUCAGAUGAAGCUGAUCGGGUCAGCAGGUUCUGGUCGGUGUUGUUGCUGGAGGGUGGUGGGCCAGACGCACAGAGACUCCUUCAUCCGCUGCAGAACUUUGAGUUUCUCAGGGAUUCUUUGGAGGUGAAGGUCACGACCCGGUCUGCUUCAGCUUCAGAGGGUUCUUCUUCUGGUUCUCCUCAGCGUUAGACUUGUGGAGAACACCAGCAGCAGCUUUAAUCCGUUUUCUGGUGAUUUCUUGUCCAAAAAUCCUUUUUGUUUAAACAUUUAAGGAGAAACGUGGAAGGAAACCUUUGAGACUGAAGCUUCUCUGAAACGGUCGAUGUUUCUGUGAAAAGGCUGCGUUGAUGCGCAGACGCAGACGUCUGGCUUCUCUGUCCGCCGCCCUGCUGGCGCUGAUCAGACCAAAUCCUGUCAGAACCUCCUGGAGGUGGCGGGUCUCAGGAUCCUGCAGGUCGUGGAGGCUCCGCCUCCUCUUCCUCAGACAGCUUCACGCCCUGUUUGCUCUGGACUGUUUGUAUCGAUGUUUCAGAAUUUGUACAUACUACAGUUUUGUAUAAACACGGACAUGGACUCAAA